AUGCAGACCCAGAAUCCGCCCAUCUCGCUUUUGACUCCCAUUGGCUUCUCAUACUAUGUUUCCGCUCAGUCUUUGACUCACCAUUUCUACCAAUCCCUUCUCGGACGCGGCUGGAGAAGGUCUGGAACGCUGUUGUAUAAGCCAAAUCAACAAGCAUCAUGCUGUCCACACUACACCAUCAGGCUAGAUUCCGAUGAGUUCCGUCCUUCGAAGGAUCAGCGACAGGUGCAAAAUCGACUUACCAAGUAUGUUCUCGGAGACACGUACAUCAAAGAGGCAGCGAGGCUCCACCCACUGUCGCGCGAACAAGCAAAGAAACGCAACACCGACUUCAACUUUGUUGAGCGUAUCCAUGAAUGUGAAAAGGUACAGGUGAAGUCGCCACCCCAGCCAGCCCAUGAUUUCGUCGUUACGCUCGAGCCCGACGACUUCACGGACGAAAAGUAUGUCCUGUUUGAAAAUUACCAACGGCUGGUACACCAUGAACCUCCUCAUCGUAUCACAAAGUCGGGCUUCAAAAACUUUCUCUGUUCGUCCCCUCUCUCUCAAUGUCGAACCGCCACAGACGGACUGCGACUCGGCUCUUAUCAUCAAUGCUAUCGUCUCGAUGGUAAGCUAGUCGCUAUUGGGGUCCUUGAUUUACUCCCGCAGUGUGUCAGUGCUGUGUACUUCAUGUACGAUGAGUCUGUUCAUCAGCAUUCAUUCGGAAAACUUGGUGCUUUGAGAGAAAUCGCCCUGGCGAAGGAGAACAAGUACAGAUAUUGGUAUGCGGGAUUCUACAUACAUAACUGCGUGAAGAUGAGAUAUAAAGGAGACUACACGCCACAAUACAUUCUGGACCCUGAAUCCUAUGAGUGGGAUCUACUGGACGGCGAGUUGAAGCAGAAACUUGACAAGAAGAAAUACAUUAGUCUGUCACGGGAAAGAGCUGUGUUGGGAGGGGAAUCACUUGUCUCUACGGACGCCACUCCCGUUUGUGUGUCGGACAAUGGUACAGCUGGCGACACCAGCAUGGGCGAUGACGACGAUGACUCUGACGAUGAUCUUCCUCUUGUGGAUCCGGACACGCCUCUGUUCAAACGCUCAAUGCCUGGAAUUCUCACCAAGAAUGAGCUUCUCCACCAAGUAAAUCUCGACAAGAUCAAAAUCAACGUAAGAGGAAUUGAAUGUCAAGCGGAAGAGCUUGUCCGCUGGGAAUCGAGCGAUAUUGACCAUCCGGAUUCGAUCAAGGGCGUUAUCGCCGAGCUUGCUGCUGCUGUUGGCCCUGCUCUCGCGCGGGAAAUGGUUGUGAAGUUCGGCUGA